UAUCGCACUGCGUUCUCCCAAGCAUUCAUCACCAUGCGUUUCUCCUACUACAAGACUGCCUACUUCUCCCUCUACGCCGCCGGUCGACUAGCCGCCGCCCAGAAGCUGCCCGUUUCCCAAGACCUCUUCAACAAAUUCGUCCGCUACGCCGCCUUUUCCGCGGCGGCGUAUGCGGAUGACUGUCCCACCCCGCCAAACAACGCGACUAUCACCACGCGUCUGGACAACGCCGAGACGAAUGCGCAGGGCGUUAUUCUGCGGGAUGCGGCUGCUAACGAGAUCAUCGUGGAUUUUCGGGGGACGUCGAAUAUCCAGGACUUCGCGAUUGAUAUGAUGCAGGACCUUGUGCCGUUUGAGGCGCCUGGAGUGAGCGGGUGUGAUGGGUGUAUGACGCACGAAGGUUUCCUCAAGCAAUGGAACAGCAUCGCCAACGAGGCCAUCUCCGCCGUGCAAACCGAACUCGCAGCGACCCCCAACGCAGCAGUAACCCUCACCGGCCACUCGCUCGGCGGCUCCCUCGCCUCGCUCGCGACCGCAUCGUUCCUCGGCUCCGGCAUCAACGUCACGACCUACACCUUCGGUCAGCCGCGGACCGGAAACCAGGCCUUCGCCGACUACGUCGACAGCGUGGCACCUAACGGCGUCAUGUUCCGCGUGACGCACGCCAACGACGGCGUGCCGCAGACGGUGCCGCGCUCCGAGGGGUACCAGCACCACGCGACCGAGUACUGGCAGCAGGACGCGGCGACGGCGGAGGGGACGUUUGAGUGUCAGGGGCAGGAGCCAGAGGACUGCAACAACUCCGUCCCAGGCAUCGGCCUGGGCGCGAACGGCAUCGGGAUUAACGUCGCGCACUUGACGUAUAUGGGGAUGUCGACGGGCAACCCGCUGGAUGCGGGGGCGGCGGCGUGUGGCGGGAAGCCGCCGGGGCUGAUUGGGGUUAUUGGCGGGUUGUUGGGGUUGAGGGGCGGGGAUGGGAAGAGUGCGGCUUCGAUAUUUCAGGAUGCGCUGGCGGAGAGUGAGGGUGAGGACGCGGACGGGGAUGGGGAUGUGGCGAGGAAGCAGGCGGAGGGCGGGGAGGGGGGAUCGGUGGAAACGAGCGCGGCGGGGAGAGUGGAGGGGGGACUUGUGGCGGUGGGAAUGGUGGUGUUUGGUGCAGUUGUUUUUGUUUAA